AUGGUAAUGCAUUCUGGAAUUCCACUCACGCUAAUUCCACUGGAUGCAACAAAUACCAUCCCAGUAAGCGAGAACUUCUUUAGAGCAUUAGAAAAGAAUCAGAAUACAUAUGACGCACAGUACUGCUUCCAAUCUUUGAAGAUGGCUCGUGAUACCUGGUUCAAUGAUGAGUUUUAUAAGAAUUACUUCUUGUGGGACUCCUUUAUGGCUGGUGUCACCAUAUCUAUCAUGUGCAAGUCACGAAGCAAUCAUGAAGAAAAUGAAUUUGCCAAGAUGGAAUACAUGAAUAUAAGUGUAGUCACUGCAAAUGAACCUUAUGGAAUAUCUGAUGGUUCAAAUCCUUUCUUUGAUGGCCGUGCAAUCCCAAUGUAUAAUAUGCAAAAGAAUGGGGUGCAAAUGUGGCCAUGUGCAGUCCGGAAUGCGAGAUCAUCUAAUGGGAAAGGAAGAUGUGUGGCAUCGGCUUUUGUUGAUGGUGACAUAUAG